CCAGCACACAAGUACAAAGAUGACGUUACAUGUUAAUGCCGCAGUUUUUGGAUUGCUUCUCUUUGCGAUCACCAUACAAGUAUCGUACGCUGAAGACGCGUGCCCACCUCCUGAGAGAUUUUGCACUCAAAGAAUGAAUAUUGCUAACAAUGCUGCCUUCGUGAGGUCCUAUGUUCCGUUCCUUUGUGACGCUAAAACCGACGGCGGAAGAUGGAUAAUUAUACAGAGUCGUCUUCAUAGAGACACUAGCUUCAAUAGAAACUGGACUGAAUAUAAGAACGGAUUUGGCACAACUUGUACGGACUAUUGGCUGGGUAAUGAGAUGAUUCACCAGAUCACAUCUAUGAAUAACUUCGAAUUAAGAAUUGAUUUAUUCGCCUCAGGAAAUAGAUAUUACGCUACCUACAGAAACUUUAAAGUCGGCAGCGAAAAAGACAAUUAUAGGCUGAGUCUUGGUGAAUUUUUCAAAGGAAAUGCGGAUGAUGACUUUAGGACUCACGACAAUAUGAGCUUCAGUACACCAGACAGAGACAAUGAUAAUAGUCCUGAACAAUUCUGUGCUCAACUCUACGAAUCAGGCUGGUGGUUCAAUAAAUGUCUCAAAGUGAAUCUCAAUGGUCAAUUUGAUACGACCGUGACGGGUAAACACGUCAUCUGGUACGUAUUGACAGGAUACACAGAAUCGGUGACAUCUGUUGAAAUGAAAAUUAGGAAGAUGAACUAAAUGUGGCCAAUGUUAUUGAUUGAUUGAUUGAUUGAUCGAACUCCAUCGUAUAACAUUCUAGAUACUGGAGACGUAGACUACAGUGUUUAAAACUUGUUUGUAUAGGUACAUUUAGUCUUCAUAAUAAUACAUGUAAACAAAUGUCUUUAAAUUGUGAUUAUUCUACAAUAAAACAAAGAAGAGCUUUGCAAACAUUA